GCGGGGCGGUGCAGCGGCAGUCCCUGAGGUGUCCCGCUCCUCGCCUCUCGCCUGCUGUCUCCUCGCCGCGUCGCCGCCGCCGCCGCCGCCGCCGCCAUGAACAAGUACUUCCCCGGGCUGGGCCGCGUGGAGUACCGCCCCGACGCGGGCCCCGAAGAGACGCUGGUGUUCCGCCACUACAACGCCAGCGAGACCGUGCACGGGCGCCCCAUGGAAGAGUGGCUGCGCUUCUCCGUGUGCUACUUCAACACCUUCAGGUACCUGGGGCAGGAGGGCCACUUCGGGGACUCCACCCACCAGUACCCCUUCGAGGAGGGGCCCCAGUCCUUCGACAAGUACAAGCGGCGCCUCGUGGCGGCCUUUGAGUUCUUCCACAAGCUGGGCGUCAAGUACUACUCGGUGAGUGACCGGGACCUGGCCCCAGAGGGCGACAGCUUCGACGACACGGGGGCGCACCUGGAGGAGGCCGUGUCGCUCGCCGCGGACCUGCAGAAGCAGACUGGCGUGCGCCCGCUGUACUUCGGGUGCGACCUGUUCUCCCACCCGCGCUACAUGCACGGCGCGGCCGCCAACCCCGACGCCCACGUGUUCGCGUACGCGUGCGCGCAGGUGAAGCGCGGCCUGGAGGCGGCGAAGCGCCUGGGCGCCGAGAACUUUGUGUUCUUCCACCCGCGCGACGGCUACGAGAGCCUGCUGCAGCGCCAGCCGCUGCGCGACGCCUCGCACCUGGCGCAGCUGUACCGCAUGGCCGCCGCCUACCGCGACAAGCUGGGCUACAAGGGCCAGCUGCUGGUGCAGCCGCGCCCCGCGGGGCCGCGCCGCCACCAGUACGAGGCUGACGCCGCCGCCGCCAUGCACCUGCUGCGCCACUUCGGGCUGGACAAGCAGUACAAGCUGAACAUCAGGCCCGCGUCCGCGCGCCUGCAGGGGCGCGAGGCCGACCACGACGUGCAGAUGGCGGCGGCCUACAACAUGCUGGGCUCCGUCGACGCCGCCGACGCCUUCCCCGCCCCCGACGGCGCCGCCUCCGACCUCUGCUCCUACGACGUGCGCGACGCCACGCUCGUCAUGAAGUGCGUGCUGGAGAUGGGCGGCCUGGGCCAGGGCGGCGUGACGCUGGGCGGACGCCUGCGCCGCGGCUCCGUGGAGCCCAAGGACCUGUUCGAGGGCCACGUGCUGGCCAUGGACACCUUCGCCCGCGCCCUCAGGAACGCCGCCAGACUCAUCUCCGAGGGCGUGUUCUCCCGCAGCAUGCAGCAGCGCUACGCCUCGUACAAGAGCGGCCUGGGGGAGCGCAUCGAGAAGGGCGCCGCCACGCUGGAGGAGUGCGAGGAGUACGUGCGCAAGUGUGGCGAGCCGCAGACCACGUCAGGCAGGCACGAGCACUUCCAGGCUGUCUUCAACCACUACGUCUUCCCCCCGCGCCAGUAGACUGACUGCCCGCCCGCCCGCCUGCCUGCCUGCCCGCCCGCGCCACCACACGCCGCCACACACCACUACACACACACACACACACACACACACACACACACACAGGCAGGAGCACUUCCAGGCUGUGUUCAACCUCUAGGUCUUUCCCCGCGCCAGUAGACUGCCACCCGCCUGCCUGCCUGCCCGCGCCGCCACACACCACCACCACCACACACCACCACCACCACUGCACACCACGCCACCACACACUGCACACCACCACCACCACUACCACACACUACAACAAUACUCCACGCCCUGCUGAACCUCUCUGUGUUCCGUCGCGCCAAUAGUGACACACACACACACACACACACACACACACACACACACACACACAAGCUGAUUUUAAUUACUGUGGGUGAAACACACGCCCGCGCGCCUGUUCAUGCGCGCGUGCCUACACACACAAUAAAACAAUUUGCAUCCAAAAAAAUAUAUAAAAAAAAAAACAUGCAAUUAAUUUCUUUUGUGGCAUAACCUCUCUCUCUCUCUCUCUCUCUCUCUCUCUCUCUCUCUCUCUCUCUCUCUCUCUCUCUCUCUGCCACUGGGAAUACAGAAAGUGAGAAAAAAAAGAGAGAAAUUAAAGGAAGCAUAGGCCGCAUCAGUCUUACAUUAUAUAGGCCUAUAGAGUAAGGCUGAUGUACACAUAUUGUUGUAGGAGCACAAUCGCCCUCUUUAAAUGCUGUUUUUCUCUCUAUCUCCGCCUCUCUCCUUCUCUCCCUACCUCCUGGACUUUCCUCCACCCCUCCCUCCUUCCCCCCGCACCUCCAGCAUCAGGAGAGAGUCAGCACUAAGCAGCAAAUGUAAUAAAAACAAAAAAAAUAAAGUGAUAUCAAAGUA